AUGGCGCUCACCAGAGGCCUCUGGCUGGUGGCCGUCGUACCGGCGCUGCUGAGCCUGCACAGCGCUGUGCAGCCCAGCUCGGCCGCCACGCUGCUGGCGCCACCUGUCAGCGGGGACGCUGCAGCAGAGUCUGCGGGGUCGCCGGUAGAUGGCGGUCGGCGCGGUGACCCCAGCUCGGCCGUCAGCUCGCCGCUGUACGGAGAGACGCCGCUGACGCUGCGGCGCGCCGAGAGGGCGGCCGACGGCGCCGUCCAGGGCCGCGGCUACAACGACAAAAAGUACAGCAGCAAGUACGGCGACAAGUACUACGGCGACAGCGGCCACGGCGGCAGCCACUACGGCAACGACGGCUACAAGGGCGGCAAGUACUACGACUCGGAGUACGGCCACCACGGCAACAAGUACGGCGCGAACGGCCACGGCAACAAGAAGGGCUACUACGGCGACCACGGCAACAGCCACCACGGCUACAAGGGCGGCAGCAAGUACUACGGUGACAACCACGACAAGUACCACGGCAACAAGGGCCACAAGUAUGGCAACAAGGGCUACUACGACAAGGGCCACAAGAACAACGGCUACAAGAACAUCCACCACAAGGAGGACUACCACGCCAAGAAGAAGUUCUACGACAACUACCACGACGACGGCUACCACAACAAGUACAGCGACCAUCACGGAUACUACGGCGGCGGUGACGGCAAAAAGUACCACGGCGGACACUACAAGAAGGGACACUACGACCAGAAGAAGGGUCACGACGGCUACUACAAGAACGGCCACGACUACGAUAAGUACGGCGGCAGCAAGGGCAAGUACGGCCACGACAACCACAACGCCUACAAGGGCAACCACGGCAAGUACCACAGCGACAAGUACAAGAAGGGCAGCCACCACGGCAGCAAGUACGGAGAUGGACACGGCGGUGGACACGGUGGUGGACACGGUGGAUACGGCGGUGGACACGGUGGAUACGGUGGGGGAUACGGUGGCGGAUACCACUAGACGUUAAGAGCUUUAGAGUUCUUGUUACUUGAGCUAUUUGUACGAAAUGUAUCUCGCUAAAUAUUGU